GUUUUUAAUAGUUCAUCGACUUUUCUUUCACUAAAUAAAGUAUUCAGCGAUUAAAAUUUGGAUUAUGAAAAGGCAGCAGUUAUUAGGACUUGGUAGUUUCUAGUAGUAGUUAAUUUCAGUGUUGACCUUGGUAUUGGUUUACUCUGUUGAGUCUAUUCUUAUCAUCUUUGAGACCUCAAUCAUUGGAUCAUAACUCAUAAGUUGAGUUGACUCCAAUGUGCUGUUUCUCUUGUUUUCCUCUUCAAUCUGAAACCCAGAAAUUGAUCCUGCAGUUGAUUUGGUGUUCCUGUUGACAAGAUGGAUUUCCCUAAGUUUUCUUUGGAGGUUAAAGAUGUGCUCAAGGGAAUCAGUCUUCUCAGGAGUAAGAAUGGCAAAGAAUAUGAAUUUGACCUUGUGAUUUUCUAUGCAAGGAUCUGGUUUCUGAAGGCUGAGAUCUUUGUCCACAGCCGCAGCACUUCUCUGACAACAUCUGUGGAGGAUUUCAUUGUAAGCCUUUAUGAGGGUUCUAUAUUUCUGCUCAAAUCAUUUUCUUCCUCUCUGCAGCAGGAUAGUACUGAAAAGCAAUUUUUGAAGCUCAUAGAAGCAAUUCCUGGGCGGGUGGAAUCUCUCUUGGCAUCUUCUCAAUGCGAUGACUUUAUGAUCGGAAAUGGAACCGGGGCAAGGGACUUACUUUACAAGUUUCUGGUACAGGCCAAGCUCUUCAAGGCAGAGAUGUUGAUACUGGAAUUACUAAAUGAGAGUAUUGAAGAUAGUUUGAAGCAGCAGAUUGGAAUUCUUCGGGAGGGUCUCAUCUUAUUGAUCAAAUCAGAGAUUAAUCUACAAGAGGAGGAGGAUACAGAGAAUAAAAUCCUACUGUUGGCUGAUAUUGAAGGAUUGGCUGCUGAAAUUAUCUCUCUCUGCGGGUCGUGCCAAGCUGACAAUAUAGAAUCUCAACUUUCUCUCUUGCUGGGAAAGGUUCAGGUUCUGAAGACAAAGCUCAAAGAUCUUUAUUUCCAGGUUCCCAAGUUAAGUGUCCCAAAAACUCUUGGGUUGGCUUAUAUUAAAUUGCUGCUGGGGGUUUUAAAACAGCUGCCUAGCCGGAGUCGUGAGGCUGUAGCAUGUGCUAAUUAUCAGUUUGAAGCUAUUCAUGGGGAUUUGGAGCUCAUAUCAUGUAAUUAUGGGCACAUUUUUAAUAAGGAUAACAUUAACAAUCAAAAAACCUUCGAUGAUAUCAGGACCCGGCUUGUUAAUGCUGCACAACAUGUAGAAUAUGUGAUGGAAUCAAUGGCGAGUUCAAAUGAUAUAAAUUCUCAUUAUUUGCUGUGGCUUUUUCAUCUGUCGGAAGAGAUUACUGACAUUAAAAAGCAGCUGGUUGAGUAUUGCGAGAACAGCACCACUAUUGAUGUUGAAGUUGAGACACAUUUGUAUAGGUACCAGCAUUUGGUGCCGCCACCCCCAACUGAAACAAUGGUUGGUUUCAACAAAGAAAAAGAUGCUAUAAUUAAUCGGCUCACUACAGGCACAACUCAGCUAGAAGUUGUCUCAAUCACUGGAAUGCCCGGCAUAGGUAAGACCACUUUAGCCCAGAAUGUGUUCAACAGUCCUAUUAUUGAAGGCCACUUCCAUACUCGUAAAUGGUGUCGUGUUUCUCUACCCUUUAGAAAGAGUCACUUGUUUCUUGAUCUGUUGUUGAGUUUUUCCGAAGUUAAAGAUGACAUCCGUGAAAUGAGUGAUGAUGACAUAUGCCUUCAGUUGCAUCUUUACUUGAGGUCAAGAAGGUAUCUCAUUGUUUUGGAUGAUGUCCGGAGUUCUGCUGCAUGGGAUGAUUUGAAGAGUUCCUUUCCGGAUGGCUCAUUCGGAAGUAGAAUUUUGAUGACCAGUUGCAUCUAUAAUGUGGUUCAAAACCCUCAUCUGCUUCAAGGACUCUCCUCAGAUGAAAGUUGGGAAUUAUUACAGAUGUUGAUAUUUGGUAAUGAAGGGUGCCCUCCAGAAUUGGCUGAAGUUGGACAGCAAAUUGCUGGAAAGUGCAGAGGCCUGCCACAUGCUAUUGUUUCUGUGGCUAAACUUCUAAUUAAGAAGCCCAAGGCCCAGUGGGAAAAAGUUGCAGAAAGUGCCAGCUUGCAGAUAGUAAAUGCUAAGCGGAGAGAGUACAUGAAAAUCUUUGAAAGAAGCUAUGAGCAUCUGCCAGAUCAUUUGAAGCAGUGCUUCCUUUAUUUUGGAAUGUGCCCGAAGGACGAGAAUGUUUCAGUUCAGAGGUUAUUAUGGCAGUGGAUCGCAGAAGGAUUUAUACCUGAAAUGAAGCCUAAGAGCUUAGAAGAUCUUGCUGAGGAGUAUUUGAUGGAUCUAAUUCAGAGAAGCUUGGUUAUACUGGCUAAACAAAGAUCUGAUGGUGAGGAAAAAACAUGCCGAGUUCACGAUCAAAUACUUGAUUUUUGCUUGUUAAAAGCUAAGGAAGAAAAAAUCUUACAGCUGAUGCCUACUGAACCUUAUUAUGAUUCGAAUUUCAUAAAUUCUGGGCAUCGAGUUUCAAUUUGUGGAGAUUCAGAACCGUUCAUUGCAAGCAGACCUUCUGGCCCGUAUCUUCGAUCUCUUCGUUUCUUUGAUACAAGUGAAAUGUAUGCCGGAUGUGAUAGUGAUGUCUCAUUCAUUUUUGAGAACUUCAAUUCUCUUAAGGUGUUGGACCUGGAAUCCAUUAAUAUAGGCAAUUCACUGCAAGAUGGAAUCAACAUACCAAUUCAUUUGAAGUAUCUGGGAGUUGGUGGUGACAUGGACUCUCUUCCACCUUCUUUGUCCAAACUUCAGGACCUGGAAACUUUGGUGGUGAAGGGAUUGAUGAAUAAGUUUGUUCUGCCAGACAACAUUUGGUGCUUGACAAAAUUACGUCAUGUUCGUGUAAGUAACCAUUGCAUUUUCACAUUGCAAUCUGACAGAAGUGGAAGCGACUCUAAGCUGGACAGCUUAGUAUCACUUUCCAUUCCAUAUUUUACUUGGGGAGAGGAGACAAAUAAAACAAUUGAAAGGUUUCCCAGUCUUCGAAAAUUCAAAUGCGUAUUCUUACAACCAAAGGUCGGUUCUAUGAAUGUUGGUUGGCUUCCUGAUUUAGGAUCUCUUCACCAGUUGGACAAGCUAGAGGUAAGAUACCAUGGAAGGCCUCUCAAAUCUGGUGUAUUUAACUUGCCAGGAAGGCCUCCCCAGUCUGGUUUAUUUAACUUGCCUCAAUGUCUGAAGAAGUUGACACUAUCAAAUUUCCAGUUGCCAUGGGAUCAGGCUUCAGCAAUUGGGAGUUUACCUAAUCUUGAAGUCCUCAAAUUGAUUUCUAAAGCCUUCGCGGGCUUAAGGUGGGAUGUUAGGGCAGAGGAGUUUGUUAAACUCAAGUACUUGAAAUUAGAGUCGUUAGACAUCGUGCACUGGGAUGUCUCCUUGGUUGAUGAUCCCUUGCCCCGGCUUGAGCAGCUGGUGUUGCGAAACUGCAAGCAGCUUCAGGAGGUUCCUUCAAGUUUCGCGGAAAUCUUCACAUUGCAGAGGAUUGAAGUUCACCAGUGUGGAGUUUCGGUUGAAGAGUCUGUUAGUCAGAUUGCUGAGAAGCAAAUGAACUUUGGGAACGAGGUUCUUAUCAGUGUCUUUUCUUGAUUGCAGAUGUUCUUCUUUUCAUAAAUGUGAUAACUACAAUCCUUUUGUAAAUUUCUCCUUAUAUUACUAAACACAGUUCAAGUAUGGGCCUUAUUUGCUUCCUGUUUCUGAGUCUGAGCAGUUAGAACAACAAAGGAAAGUAAAUUCUGACUAUGGUCCUCAUUCUUUUGAUUGCAAAUUUAACCACCUG